GUCUCAAACUUAAUUGGGCGGCCCUCAGUAUCGAACGAGAGAACUGGAGGGCUAGCCAUAGCUGAAGUAGCAGUAGCAGAAGUAGCAGUAGCAGUGGCAGUAGCAGCAGGCAAGCAGCGGGUAGUAGUAGCAGUAGCAGUAGCAGUAGUGGUGCUGCUGCUCAGGUAA